AUCUACGAUCUACAUUGCCUAUCUACACACACACACUCUCUCUCUCUCUUUCUCGACUCUACCAAGCAUUCAACCGUACCUUCACGACUUGCAAGAACAGCACAUCGAAAUGGACCAGCUCAAGAACCUCAUGGGUGGAAGCAAGGGCUCUUCCUCGCACUCUGCUGGUGCCGCCGGCCAGCAGAAGCAGGACCCCCUCGACAAGGCCUUCGACUUCGCCUCCAAGAAGGCCGGCCACGACUUUGCCCCCGGCACCGAUGAGAAGAUCACCGACGGCGCGCGCGGCCUCUGGGAGAAGGUCACCGGGAAGAAGGUCAACCCCAAGAUCUCCAACUAGACGUGCCAAUCAUGAACAGGGGUCUUUUUCUUUCUUUUUCUUCUCUUUUCGUUUCGUUAUUAUUGGAUAUCCCUUUGCGAUUUCGAGGACGUGAGAAUUGGAUCAUGAGCGGUAUAGCUGCAGUCUAGAACUGUACGUAUUAAUGAUGAACCGAUGAUACAAUACCUUUUCGCGUUGCCUUGUCGUGCACAGUCAUCGCCCG